GGGAUGCACGGAUGACAUGGGUUGCGAUGAUGAUGACAAGUGCCUACCUCAUGACAAGGGCUGUCAAGAUGACAAGGGCCUAACUGAUGACUAUUGCUGCAAUAAUGAUGACAAGAGCUGCCUCGCUACUCAACAGGGCCUUACUGAUGACAAUUGCUACAAUAAUGAUGACAAGGGCCUGAAUGAUGACAAGGGCCACAAUGAUAAUGACAAGGGCCUCACUGGUGACUUUUGCUACAAUGAUCAUGACAAGAGUCUCACUGAUUACAAGGACUGCUAUGAUGGAAAAGGUUUCACGGAUGAUGACAACGGUCGCACAGAUGACAAAGGCUGCAAUAAUGAUGAAAUGGGCUUCAGUGAUGACAAGGAGUGCUCUGAUGACAAAGACCGCACUGAUGACACGGGCUGCACUAUUGACAAAGGCCUUACUUAUGAAAAAGACCUUACUCAUGACAAUGGCCUCACUAAUGACAAUGGCUGCACUGAUGACAAAGCGAGUCAUUGUAUGAGCUACACUAAUGUCAACGGUCUUGAGGAUGGCAUGAUCCUGGCUGAUGACAAGUACCUGGAGCCAUUUAAGGAAGACGCCAUAAGUGGCUUCACAAAGAAAAAGACGUUCGGCAGAGGUCUCCGAGAGAACAUUGACGUCUUGAAGUUUGAUGCCAAGAAAUAACAAAUACGGAAAAUCACAAACAACGUUGUCGCCGUGAUGAGAGUGUCUUCAUGUCAAGCCAAAUACCUCUGUUGAUAUUCC